UCCCAAACAAACUUGAAGUUUGAAUGGCCGUUACACUGUAAACAGAAAAAAGUGCUGAAUUUCAUCAAUUGAGUGAAGUAAAAAUAAAAUUAUAUCUCAGUGGAAGAAAAGAAAUCAUAUCUCAGUGGAAAAAAAAUUUCUCACUUAACUAAUAAUUUACAAAGGUGAAUUUCAUUGAUAAUAAAAUAAAUCAUCCAUCGCAUCACCGCCCUUAACCUAAAAGGAUGUCGACGCUGGAGAAUAAUGAGAGUUUAAUAAAAUUCAAUGACAGUGAAAUCAUAGAAGCUGAUGAAAUAUCUGUCCUAAGACGACAAGUCAAUUUAUUAACAUCAGAAAGUGAAAACUUUAAACAACAAAACCACUUGCUACAGGGUAAGCUGUCAGCAAGUGUUACGUUGCAAAAUGAGCUGCAGGAGAAUGUUGAAUCCCUUGAAGAGUCAUUGAAAAAAAAAACUGAGUCUGUCGAUCAAAAAAUACGGCUAAUUGAAACAAAGCAUGGAGUCAAAGCUAAAGAGUUAAUGGAUCGUAUCACUGAACUAGAGAGUGAUUUAUUGAUGAAAACUGAUAAAAUAAAUUGUUUAGAAGCUAAAUUAAAUGAAGCUAAUAAUAAGUUAUUGCUUACUACUGACUCCGUUUCUAUAAUAAAUGCAAGCAGAGUUGAUGAACCAGAUUCUGAUGAUAAAGUUAAAGAGCUAUUGCAAUUGUUAGCUGAUGAGAAGGAUAAGUCAUUUAAAUUAGAGCAAGCACUCGGGGAAUUAGAACAAAGGAUGUUUGAAAUGAGAGAAGUUUAUAAUGCUACUAAAGAGGAAUUAAAAGAAAAAUCAAGUGUAUUAGAAGCUACAAGAGACGAAUUAGCUGAAUGUAGAAGUGAAUUAAUGUUAUCAAAAGCUACUCCAUUUGAUCAACAGUCUAAAGGUAACUCAUUAUUUGCUGAAGUCGAAGAUCGCCGUAAAAAAUCAUUGGAUACAAUAACUAAAUUGAAAGAAAGUCUUUUAGAAGCUAAAAAAGCUCUCAGUGUAAAAGAAGGGGAAAUAAAAGCGCUGAAAGCUGAAAAAGCAGCUCUACUUACGACAAUUCAAGACGACAGAGACGAUCAAAUUCAGCAUAAUGCUAAUUUAAUAGAAAAAUACAAAGAUAGAAUUUCAGAGCUGGAAGUUAAGUUGAAAGAUCAGCAGAAAAAACUUUGGCAAUUGGAGAAACAGAAGCAACCAGUCGGUGAUGAGUUUGUGUACUUCGACAACGAGCUAAGUGCCAAGAGGAAGGAAAUAGAAGAACUUUCAUCACAGCUUGAGGGAAAAUCAAUCAAAGCUUUGAUUGAAGAGGAAAUAAAGUGUAAAACAAAUGAGCAGUUGCGUUAUUGGCGACGCAAAGCUGUUACCAAGGAGGCACAAGUUGAAGCAAUUAAAUGUCGAUUAGAAACAAAUUCUUCGGUAAUUAAUCAUGAAUUAUUGAGACUAAUUCAACAGACUGGUAGGCCGGAUAAUAAUUUAUGUGAGGAAGAAGUUAAUUCAUCGGUAAAUGUUAAAGUAGUCGACUGUACGCUGAAUAACACUGCACGCGUUAUAGAAAUUCCGAAGUUACUUGGUAAAAUUAAACCAGCCAAGUCUGUUGAUGAAUCUUUGGUCUUUUUUGAAAAACCAAAACCACUGGACAGUGAUUUGAUUGGUUUUGUUGAGCCAGCUUCAGGUAAUGUAGAAGAAAUUGAGAAACCGAAUGAUUCUAUUUCCUUGUCGGAAAAAAAUCAUGCAGAAAAAAAAGGGAUUUUGAAAUCUACAAAAGAUGCUUGGAAAACAACUUUUACUUCGGCUUGUGACGUUAGUAUGGGCAAAGAAAACAAGAGUUUGAGAUUUUCUGAUGACACUGUGGAUCCAGAGCCCAAAAAACUGACUAAACAAAUUAGUAAUACUCCGAAAUAUAGAAUUAUACACGCGUCAAGUAAAUCUAAGAAUGCUAAAUAAUAUUUUUUACAAUGUA